AUGACGAUGUACGGUCUCUAUAUCGUGCUUCUGGCUCUACAAGGCCUAGGAUUGGUUUCCGCCCAAGGGUCCAACACAACCGAAAAGGUCUGGGGGGUAUACGCAUUCACGGUUUACGGAGACACCAAGCCGAAUGUUCUUAGCAGCUCGAGUCCAUUGACCGACUAUGGAGCAACUGAGCUCGCCGCGGCAGCGUCGGACUUUCGUUCGCGCUAUAUAGCAAAAUCUGGAAUCUCAGAGACCGGAGUCCAGGGUAUUUCCCCAAUCAUACUAGACUCGAAUGAUGUGGACGUGCUUUCAACAACCGAUCAACAUGUCAUUGGAUCUGCCCAGGCAUUCAUGCAGGGUCUCUACCCACCCCUUGGCGCAAUGAAUGUGUCGAGUCCACAAAAGGUGAAUGGAUCAUUUGCUCAGGCGCCAUUGGACGGAUACCAGUACCCACGCAUCGUCACACUCGGCGAGGCGGACCCUCAGUCUAUCAUGAUUGAAGGUCAAGCCAAGUGUAACAUGUAUCAAACUUCUGAGAGUGUGUACCGAAACAGUGGCCCGGCAGAGCAAAUGGCGCGGGACACAGAUGCUUUCUACAAGGAGAUCUGGAGCCUUGGGAUGUCUGGGGUUUGGGACGAAUCAUUUGCAACAUACACGAAUGCUGUUCCUAUUUCUGAAUAUCUGGACUAUGAGAAUCUGCAUAACGAAACCUUCACGCAGAGCGUCACCGAUGCCCAGAUCAUCCGCGCUCGCUGGUUAGCGGACCAGUAUUUGUGGAACACCAACAGUCAGCAGUCCUCAUCUACUGGAUCCAUGAUCAGACAGAUUAGUCCAAUCGCUGGGCAAACAUUGGCCUCGAGCAUCAUGCAAGCAUUCGAUUUGAACAUCCAGCAAGGGGGAACACGGCAGAAGAUGACCUUGAUGUUCGGAGGUGAUGAGCCAAGCAUGGCAUUGUCGUCUCUCGUGGGACUCGCGAAUGAUCACCAACCGAACUUCUUCUCACGUCUUACCCGCGGUGGCUCAUUUGUCUUCGAGCUGUACAGCUUUGAGGAGAAUGCCGAUCUGUACCCGUCAUACCCACAAGCCGAAAACUUGUACAUUCGUUUCCUGCUCCACAAUGGAACCGCAAAUGGGACCGCCUUUGAGCCAUAUUCCCUGUUUGGGCACAGCCCCAGCCAAGCCACGAUAUCGUAUUCUGAGUUCCGCUCUGAACUGGAGACAUUUGCCGUGAGCUCAAUUCAGGAAUGGUGUGUGCAGUGCAAUGCAGAAUCAUUGUUCUGCACAGGUGCCCUGGGUCAGGGUAAUGCCACCCCAAAGAAGGGUAUGGCUCCCGCUGUAGCUGGAGUUAUUGGGGCCGUGGUGACGCUCGCCGUCGUUUCAAUUGCUGCCAUCAUUGGGUUCUUCUUGUGCGGUGCCUGUAAGGGAAAAUCUCGCAAAGUAAACGCCAGAAGCAGCCUUGGCGGGUUCAAGGGACCUGGAAAGCUUGCCAGUGACACAGACGUUUCCUUCCGUAACCCAAUCUGGGGAGCCUCCAAGACUAGCAAUGCUGAUCCUUCUGACGGGAUUCGCGCUGGGGUUGUUGUGCCAGGCCACGAACGUCUUGGAAGCUGGGAAAUGGGGCAGGCAAAGAAGGAAACAGAAGCAAUUGCGUCGGAUGGAGUGCAGAAAUCACCACUUGGAGAAGAAGAAGACGAUUGGCGUAUUCAUAGUGGAUUGCAGCCUGUGAAAAUCAGAGAGAGUGUAUAG